UAGAUAUGUCUAGUAGUACACAACCAAUGUCAUCAACACCUCAUGGUUCAACUACUUCUCCCUUCAUAGUAGAAGAGUUCUAUGUCAAUGACGAUGAUCGUGUGCCAUAUGUGAAUUUGGAAAAUGAGGAGGAAGAAAGUGAACCACCCCUUUCAAAUGCAACUGGAAAUGAGUCGGAGCCUUCAAAAUGAAAGUCAACCAUCAAAGAGAUAGAGAGCAAAAGUAUCUGAGGUUUGUAAAGACAUGGAACCGGUUAAAAAUAUGAAAACAAGUGUAUGCAUUGUCAUCAAGUGUUAAGUGCUUCAGGUACAACUAGUCACUUAAAGCGGCAUCUUGAAAGUUGUUUGAAAAAAAAAAUGAAUCAAAAACAACAAAGUAUGCUUAAUUUUUUGCCUUCGAAUCUAAAUGAAGGUGAUCCUAGUUUUAAGUUUGUUAGCGCUUUACAUGAUGGAAAGUUUGAUAUGAUGGUAAUGAGGGAAGGGAUAGCACAUUGGAUUUUGAUGCAUGAAUAUGCUUUUUCCAUUGUUGAAGAAGAAGGGUUUAAUUUAAUGUUAAAAAGGGGAAUUCCACAAUGGACUAGUGUGUCACGUCACACUAUAAAAACUGAUUCUUUUAAGGUUUAUGAGGUGGAAAAAAAGAAAUUGAAGGAUUUGCUAAAAAGUGUGGAGAAAAUUUCUCACUUUGUUGAUAAAAAUUGGAAGUUGCAAAAUCGAGUUCUCAACUUUGUCCAUAUUCCUCCUCCUCGAAAAGGCAAGGACAUAGCCAAUUGCAUUUUUAAAUGUCUAAAGGAAUGGGAUAUUGAGAGCAAAGUUUUCACGGUUUCGGUGGAUAAUGCUUCGGCAAAUGAUUCUUGCAUAAGUAUUAUGAAAGAUACUUUCUCACUAACAAAGAGGUUGAUUUGUGGUGGAAAUUGUUCCACGUCCGUUGUUGUGCACACAUUUUGAACAUUAUGGUUCAACAUGGCCUUAAGCAAGUUAAAACCAUUGUUAAAAAUGUGCAUGACACCGUUGAUUAUCUUAAUGGAAGUGAACAUCGUUUAAAGAAGUUUGCCGAGAUUGUCCAACAAUUCAACUUGAAAGAAAGACGAUUGAUUCUUGAAUGUAAGACAAGAUGAAAUUCAACUUUUGAUAUGUUAGUUUGUGCUCUCAAGUUUAAAGAGGUAUUUUCUAGACUUGCUUUAGAAGAUAGUGAUUAUGUUUUUUGUCCAAGUGUUGAUGAUUGGGAUAAAAUUGAGAAAUUGGUUGAUAUCUUGGAAGUAUUUUAUGAAGCUACUAUGAUUAUUUCGGGAUCGGAGUACCCAACUUCUAAUUUGUUUCUUGGGGAGGUUUAUAGAGUCAAAAGGAUGUUGGAUAGUAAGUGUGAUUCUAGUGAUGUCUUUGUCAAAGAAAUGGUGAAAAACAUGAAAGAAAGGUUUGAUAAAUAUUGGGGUGAAUGUAAUUUGUUGAUGUCUAUAGCUGUUGUGUUGGACCCUCAAAUUAAAUUGCAAAGUCUUGAAAUAGUUUUCCCAACAAUGUUUUCGGCCGAUGUUGCUAGGGAGAACAUUCAUAAAGUUAAAUCAACUUUGUAUGAGCUUUAUGAUGAAUAUGUUCAUUUGUAUUCUUUUUCAACUACUCGUCAUUGUGGAAGUACAACUAGUGCUAGUGAUGGUGUUGGUGUUAGUACUGGUGGUGGGAAGAGGAAAACAGGAAUGUUUGAGCUAAUACAAGUUGCAAGGUCUCAAGGCAUACCCGGGGUUAGAAAAUCAGAAAUUGAGUCAUAUCUUGAGCCACGGUGUUUUGUUGCGGAGUCUGAGGAUCAUGGUGCUUCGUUUGACAUUUUGGGAUGGUGGAAAGAUAGAACUAGCGAAUUUCCUAUUUUAUCUAGAUUGGCAGCUGAUAUUUUAGCCGUUCCCAUUACUACCGUAGCAUCUGAGGCUACAUUUAGUGCCGGUAGUCGACUGAUUGACCCUUAUAGGUCUUCCUUGAGUCCUAAAACCGUACAAAUGUUAAUUUGCACCGGAGAUUGGUGUAGAUCACUUCAUGGGGUGAAGAGAAAAAAUAAGGACAAGGCGGAACAACCUAAGGAAAUUAUUAUUCCUAUCGAAUAG